AUGUCGUUGCCGAGGAAGGCAUGUCAUAACUGCCGACGGCGGCGCUUGAGGUGCGAUCGCUCUCUUCCGCAAUGCUACAAAUGCACGAGUACCGGUCAAGACUGCCUCGGCUACCAAGCUCUGCUCUUCUGGAAUAAUGGCGUAGCAAGCCGUGGAAAGAUGUCAGGCAUGACAUUUGAGGAUAUGAAACAAAGGGAGGUAAAGAAGGAACGUCUUAGCCCCGAAUCUCUAUCUUCUACCAGCUCUCCUCCGAGCUCGAAUAUCGAAUUGGAAUCUGUUGGAAAUAUCUCAGGAGGUGCCUCAAAAUUAACACCGCAACCUUUGCUGGAUCAUAGCAGUCAGCUCUUGGUAGCGAAGCGCAAAUUCCCUUUUGCAGAUGAUAUCGCCCUUCCGCUGGGUCGUCAUUUAACUGAUCCCUUUUUACAAGAUCUGAAUCAAGAUGCAAGAUUUUAUAUCUCACAUUUCAACAGUAAAGUGUGCAAAGACCUUGUCAUCUACGACCUCCCCAAGCAAAAUCCAUUCCGUGACCUCAUUCCGUUGGCAACGCAACAUCCUGCUUUGCUCAAUAUCAUCAUUGCAAACUCGGCGCUCCAGCUAUCGAAUGCUUCACAACGAUCUGCAGUCAUGUCAUUCAACCACCAACUCCGUCUAAUGAAAGGAUCGACGCCACAUCUUCAGAUCUCACCGACUAGUCAAUCGUCCACCUGGUAUAAAGACGCCCUGAUAGCUAAGCAGCGUGCUCUUGGAUCACUAAGUUCGAUUCUCAACGAUGUUGGCUCAUCAGAUAUCGAUGUUACCCUUGGAACAAUACUUCUCUUCAUCGAAUUCGAGCUUACAGACUUCGGCACAAAGGACUGGAGACUGCACAUGCACGGUGCCAUAGCACUCAUCAACUCUAUGAAGGAACCCUACAAGCUCAAGCACUCUAACAUGAGCUCUUUGCGCCGCUCCCUGAUCUCCAGCUGCUUAGUAUACGACGCACUUAGCUCAACUUUCGCACAGUCAAACUCCUCAGGACCCGCUCGAUACAGUGCCUCUAUUGUCCGUUCCUCGCUGCAUUAUGCCGAAGCCAACAAUUAUCUCUCUUUCCCAGCAGCGCUCCUCGAGGCAGUAUUAACAGCUGCGCAACUCCUGCAGACGAUGCACGACCACUUUCCAGCAAAAUUCACAACAACUCUUGAGGGAAAUCAACUUCCUCCUCUUCUCCAAGCUGCUCAAUCGUUCAACGUGCGAGAUUGGGCUUCUGGGCUACAGCGCAUCUCUCCACACUGCGACCUCGAAAACCGAGUCCACGUGGCCUCGGCCCACAAAGCAGCCGUCUGCAUCUACAUAUGUCGAGUCUUACGAUUCCUAUCUCCCGAAGCCGAAGCAGAAGAUAACCUGGAGCCCGUAGUAUCAGAUAUCAUCACCCACCUCUCUUUCGUAACAUCCGAUAACGAGCUUUUCAAAGCUACUUCGUGGCCCACAUUUGUUGCAGGUGCAGAGGCAAGAGACCUUGAGCAGCAGGCCUGGGCGAUGACGAGGCUUCAGCAAUUGAGGGAGUGCCUACCUUGUACGAUGGGCUAUGUCCGAAGCGCGAUGGAGAUACUUGAUAGUAUUUGGAGGAAAAGAGAUGCUGCGGUGUGUGCUGGGAUGCACAAUAUUGGCUGGAUCCAAGAGCUGAAGCUUUUGGAGAUCGAUAUAAUGAUCGCUUGA